AUGGCAUACCAGCAGAGCUCACCUUAUGUUCAACAACUCGCGCAGCCCGAUGUUGUUUCGGGAGAUCAGUAUCGAUACGCAUUGACGAACUUUCGCAUUGCCCACGAAAAGGUCGAACAGCAACGCAAGCAGCUGGAGGAGCAAGAAGCUCAAGUCGCUGCCCUUCGCGCCCGGAUAGCACUGCUAGAAGGAGGAUCUAAUCCUACGAUUGGGAGCCAGAAUGGGAACACAGUUGACGAUUUCUCAAUUAAGAACUCAGCAUCUCAACUGGACAAGCUGAUCAACCGAUGGGCGGCGGAUGUCAUACGAGCGCCUCCGGUGACUCUGCCUGAGCUAUGCGCUGCAAUUCUGAACGACGUCGUCAGCGGUUUAGACGUAUCACACGUAGAAACGACGCCGAUGCAGGUCCAAAGCUACCUCCGUCACGCGAUGGCCGAAACCGUUUCUGAAGGCAUCAUCAAUUGCCUCAUUGUCACCAAUUCUACGGAGGCAAACAUCCAGCUAACACGGAUCCAUGAACAUAUCUUUGCACGCGAUCCGACUGUGGCGAGUGUAUGGAGACGGCAGACCUUCUCCGCCGCCGUAGACACUUGUACACCCGACAUGUCGCUGAGCAUCUUGUACGAGCAGAUACCCGAGUUGAUGAAGGCGCUCAAUGGAAAGAUUCCGGCAUCUGGAGGGGUCUCGAUCCUAGAGUCAGCCUACGCAUUUUCGCGCAUGCUGCAUGCGUCUGGGUCGCCUUCCAACGACGCUUUUUACCGAGCUUUCGUCCCUGAGUUGGGAAGUGUCUUAUACCCCCGUCAAAUUGAGCUGGUAAAGCGGUGUUUGAGAAGUGAAAGAGGAGAGUCGGAUCGAGUGGGAGCAACUAUAUUCCCUGGACUGGUAAAGGUAUCUCGAGUAGCCAGCGUGCCGGGUAUGGAGGAAACUGUGCAGACUGUUGUUAGACGCGCGCAAGUGAUCUGCGAAUGUGCAAUGGGCGGAUCUGCAGUCCCGACUUUGGCAGCUACCCCAUACGACCCUCAGCAAUCAGUUCAAUCAAUUCAGUCUUACGAACCUCAACAACCGGCAUACGAACCUCAGCAGCCAGCGUAUGAGCCCCAACAACCAGCCUAUGAACCUCAGCAAACUUACGAACCUCAACAAUUGAACGACUACCCACAAACUGUCGGGCAAUCUCCGAUGAUAGGAGGAACAACAAUGCAACCCAGUUAUUUUUGA